AUGGAUCGCGCAAACUACAAGACCCACGUCACAUCUCGCAACCUCACAUACUCUUACUACCGCACACCUCCCUCCGACAACGGUCCCAAAUCGAAACUGACCCUCAUCCUCCUCCAUGGCUACCCCUGCCUCUCAAACGACUGGCGUUACCAAGUAUCCUUCUUCGAGUCAAAAGGCUACAAUUUGAUUGUACCGGACAUGUUAGGCUAUGGGGGGUCGAGUACUUCCGUCGAAAAGGAGUUGUAUUGUGGGAAUGGACUGGCGAAGGACGUGGUCGAUAUCAUGGAUAAAGAGGGAGUGCAGAAGGCGGUUGUCAUUGGGCACGAUUGGGGCUCCCGUGUCGUCUCACGCCUCGCAAACCUCUACCCAGACCGCUUCGUCGGUUUCGGAUUCCUCGCACUUGGAUAUCUCCCACCCGCUCCCGAAAUGUCGUUUGAGGAUAUGUCAAGACAGAUCAAGGCGGCGUUGGGAAGGGAAACGUUUGGCUAUAUGCCGUGGUUUGCCGCAGAUGGGACGGCGGAUGUGCUCAAACAGAAUUUUGACUCGGGAUACAGUCUUUCGUUCCCCAAAGAUCCGAGCAUCUGGCUUGAGCACGUCAAUCCUCUUGGCGCGAUGGCAAAGUGGGUUGAGAGCGGCAGGGUGUUGCCUGAGGAGGAGUUGAUGGAGUACGCUCGGGGUGAGGCCAAGAAAAAUUGGCUGAAAGCAAGGAUGAACACUAAUGUGGAAGCUACACUCUGCUGGUACAAGUUCUUCGUUAGCGAUCUGCGCGUCGAGGAGGACAAACUCAUCCCGGAAUCAUCCUACACAAUCAACGUUCCCGUCUUCUACGGCUCCGGCCAACUCGACACCACAUGUGUCGGUUCGUUAUACGAGCCACCACUCAAAGCGUACGCCAAGGGUGGAGUGACGAUCAAGCACUUCGAGGGCUCCGAUCAUUGGAUGACAUUCAAUGAUCAGAGGGAUAAGUUGGAUGUGGCGUUGUUGGAGUGGAUUGAGGGCCUCUGAUUCAGUCGUAAGCUCUUCUAGGAUACGGUAUAUGUGCAGAGAACGAACGUCACGGGAAUAUACGA